UGAUUGCCGCCAGCACCUACCCCGACCCCAAGGUCGCCGGCAGCAUAUUUUAUCUCAUUUCACAUUGAACUAUGUUUAGAUCUAUCAUAUUUACUACAAUGUGGAUGCUUGUUGCUUGUACCAUGUAGCAGCCUAGCAUUGUACCAGUGUAUCAUAUUUACUACUAGUGUAUCAUAUUUGCUUGUACCAUGUAGCAGCCAAGCAUUGUAUCAUAUUUACUGCAGUGUGGAUGCUUGUUGCUUAUCACGGUCGCACCUACGUUGGCCUCUAAGUCUGUGAGAAGGAACCAGUUAUACAUUUGUUUAGUGGAAUCCCGCUUAUGCCCCAGCUAACCCAUCCAAGUUUUACUGGGUUGUUAGUUAUGACUUAUCACCCACCAAACUUUGGUCGGACUAAGUGGGCUGUGGUGGGACGCCCAGUUUCAGUCCCACCUGCAGCCUGACCUGUCUCGAUCCGUUGCGGCUCUCUCUCCCAUGCGACUAGGUUUCACCCUCGCCACCGUUCCUCUCCCCGCCCCUGCCCCUGAUCACUUCUUCUGCCGCCGACCACGUCUAUCGAGCUCCUACCCAGCUGACCUACGUUGCUGGACCCGUCUAUCCCGUGUCGGCGCCUCCUGUCUCGAUCUCGUUCCUGUCUCGCCGUCGUCCGGCUCACCACCGACUAGCUUCUAUAUAAGAGGCCUUGGGCGGGUUGCCCUGUCUGAACGUAUCCACAUUCAACAAGCUAGUCUACCAACUUCUAUAGUGUUUGUACGGUAAUGAUGACAACAACCAAACAAGCUGGGGUAGGCUAGAGGUGAAACCCAUAAGAUCUCGCAACCAACUCAUGGUUCUGGCACAUGGAUAGCAAGCUUCCACGCGCCCUGUCCAUGGCUAGUUCUCUGGUAGAAAGAUGCAGAUCAAGCGAGGGGAUGUUCAACCUGGAAGCUCGAAUAGAAGACGCAAAAAAAUGCGCAUAAGUAGCGAAAAUAUGAUUCGAGUCAAUCCUCUCGAAGAGGAAUUCGGCACCUCAAGUGAUUCUGGUGAAGGUGUCUGGAGGCUACUCAGUGAAGAAGUCGCAGCACACAUAGAUGACAGUGUUGUGUCGCUUGCUUCAUUCCAUAAAGAUAACGCAAAGUCGGUUUAUUUUGCGUGCACGGGCAUAAUUAUUGAGAGCAAUUCAACUACUACAAGUUUCUUGACUUCGUUAAGUUUGCUUAGAUCUAUUGAUGAUGAUAGCAAGAUCUUUCAAGACAUGAUGAUUAAAGUGCGCCUUCCAAAUAAUCAUCUUUCAAUGGGAUGGUUGGAAUACUAUGACUUAAAAUACAAUGUUGCUGUUAUCAGCAUCGCGCCCUUCCAUGUUUUUCGCGCAGCAUUUGUAGAUCAUCAGCGGCAAUUUGAGUCUCAUAGUGAAGUAGUUGCUGUUGGGCGUUGCUUCGACUCAGGCAAAUUAAUGGCCACAACUGGGAUGUUGACUGACAAUGGGAAGAGAAUUUACCGCGAGGAGCUUGCGAUCUCCACAUGUGAAAUUACUAUGACUGGAGUUGGAGGGCCCCUUGUUGAUUUUAACGGUGACUUUGUCGGGAUGAACUUUUAUUCUAAGGAAGAGACUCCGUUCCUACCAAGGAAUAAAAUUCUUGAGCUUCUGAUGCAUUUUAGGAGAACAUCCCCGUGCUGGGACACAAGUAAGAAAAGAGGUAGUAAAACUGAAAGAGGCGCAAGCAAGGCACAAAUGUCUCCUGAAUCUCACAAGUCCGAUUUAGAAGGCAGCUCAAGGCAGGAGAUGAAAAAUAAAAACCAGAAACCUACCAUAUGUACUAUAUGUGACCCAGAACUUAAUUCAGGACUCGAGGAUACAUUACUAGAGAGUCUGCCUUCUAUUCGCCGGUGGCCAUAUGACUGGGGUCUUGUAUCUUUGGAUGCUAGAAGAGAUAAGUUUAGGUCCCGUGGUUACCCCUUACCAGUUUUGGAGGAUGAUGCCAAGCGUCUGCGUUAUAGUUUUGAGGAGGAGUUUAGUGAAGAUAUCUGGAACAAACUCUCAGAAAGAGUAGCUUCAAAUAUGUCCCGAGUUGUUGUAGCACUCGCUUCAUUCAAUGGAGAAGCGAGACUUUUUGCUUGCACAGGUGUAUUCAUAGACUGCAAUGGGUUCACCACAAGAGUUCUAACCUCGGGAAGUUUGGUUAGAAGUAAUGACGAUGAAAGCAAGGUUGCUGAUAACUUAAAGAUUGAAGUGCACCUUCCAGAUAAACGACGUGUCACAGGGAUUUUGCAACAUUACGAUCUGCAUUAUAAUGUCGCUGUCAUCAUCAUCAAAAAACAUCGCUGUACUCGGACAGCAAUUAUCAACAAUAAGGUUGAAACUGGCACUCACUCGCAGGUAUUAGCUGUAGGGCGUGUCUAUGAAUCAGGCAAAUUAAUGGCAGCAAGUGGGAUAGUGAUCAACAAUGAAAGUAAACUCGAUUGCAAAGAUCUUAGGAUCUCCACUUGUCAAAUCACUAAGGCUGGGAUUGGGGGCCCUCUUAUUGAUUCUGAUGGGAACUUUAUUGGCAUGAACUUCUAUGGCUUGGAAGAAACUCCCUACAUGCCACGGGAUACAAUUGUGAAACUCUUGGGGAAUUUUGAUGCAAAAGGGACUGCUGAUUUUACCAAAGUUCCUGCACCAAACAGAUGGCCUGUGCCUAAGCCAUAUUGGUGCUAUCCGGUGUGGCAUGAACGGAAGGAAGGAACAGACUUGCUGGAAUUUCUUGAACAAGAAUUUCGCUAUGACUAAUGUGAAUUUUAUUGCCAUGCCUAUAUUGUCAACCUGCUGACCGAGUCGCUUGUGAAGCUGAUCAUGUGCAGCAAGCAUCAGUCGAGUUGCUCUGUAAAUUUGAAUCCCUUUACUGGGCACUUUCAUGUAGUAUAUGUUGUGCCAGCUAGUCGAGGCACUUACACAAGACCUCUUGUUGCUUUAUGUGGUAAACCACAUGUAAUCUAUAAGGUGGAACCGUGCA